AUGCGGACUCGUAUGUGCUUCGAUGACGUUGCGUGGGAGCGGAGUGAGGCCAUCCAAGAGGCUUGGAUACACACAUUGUUCAAGAAAGAGACUUUGAUGGAUAUAGGUAGAUUCAUCCUGAAACACAGAAGCGGGAAGGCAAUUGAGCUCUGUGAUCCAAAGGCCGGGGGCUUCAAUAUGUCCUUUAGAAUGAAGUAUGAGGACGGUGGCUCUGCAAUGAUUCGAUUUCCCAACCCCGGCACAACAAUGUUUCCGGAAGAGAAGGUGCGCCGAGAGGUUGAUAUAAUGAGGUACCUUUACCAGCAUACGACGAUUCCUAUGCCUUUUAUUUUGCAUUGGGGUACCAACGAAGAAACUCCUCUCGCGCUUGGUCCAUUUAUCAUCAUGGAAUACAUUGACCAUGCAAUGGAUCUUGGAGAUGCCCUCAAUACCCCUGAAUUGACGAUUAAACAUCGUCUGAUCCUUGACCCAAACAUUGAUGGUCCCAGGCUUGAGCUACUAUACAGGCAGUUUGCGGGUAUUUUGAUUCAGUUAUCUAAACUACAGCUGCCUAUGAUAGGAUCAUUAGUUCAGAUUGACGAUUUUACCUGGGAUGUGGGUCAAAGGCCACUAUCCUACAAUUCAAAUAAGCUCGUCCGUCUCGGAACUCUCCCACGCUCAGAGCUGCCAGAGAUGAAUGAAACUUUUCAAUCGGCGUCAUCCUACUUCAGUAGACUGGCGGAUCUUCAUAUCGACCACCUUAUACACCAACGGAACGAUGCUGUCGAUUCUGCGGAUGAUCGUCGACGAAGAUAUGUUGCAAGAUUGAUGUUUCGCAAGCUGGCUAGAGAGGGCCGAUUUACGAGUUCUUGUACAGAUCUUGGACCGUUCAAUAUCUGCUGUGACGAUCUUCGACCCUCUAACAUCUUGAUCAACGAUGAUCUACAAAUUGUCGGGGUAGUGGACUGGGAAUUCACUUAUGCUGCUCCAGUGGAAUUCUCUCACGCCCCACCAUGGUGGCUCCUUCUUGAACAACUAGAAUACUGGCCCGAUGGGAUAGUAGCGUGGACCGAGGUUUAUGAGUUACAUCUAAAGACAUUCUUGAGCGUGUUGCGCGAACAAGAGAGCGUGGCCAUCGACCGCGGUAUACUGAAAGAUGAGCAAAGACUUUCUGGGCCAAUGCAACAGAGCUGGGAAAGCGGUGAUUUUCUGGUCGUCUACGCGGCAAGAAAAAGCUUCGCGUUUGAUGCUGUGUUCUGGAAAAAGAUUGAUGGCCGGUUUUUUGGACCCGGAACGAGCUCUGAAGAUGACCGUUGGAAAGAACGGUUAGAUAUUUUGACGGAUGAUAAAAAGCAAACAUGGAAAAGAUAG